ACUAACUCAGACGGAUUCCAGUAAAAGACUGGCGAUCCCAACUAAGUUCAUGAGGCAGCAUCUGCCGGAAUUUGAAGGGGGCACACUAAACUUGGUGGUCGAGGAUGUGCGCGGACAUGGGUGGUCCUUUGGCUAUAGCAUUCGUAGAGAAGGCCAUCCAAAACCCGUUUUCCAGGCGGGUUGGCUUGAUUUUGUCCGCAACAAAUGUCUCAUUCCGGGGGACAGAGUCACAUUUUGGCUAGACCAAAAUGCUGCCAAUGGUCCACGAUACAAGAUUGCAGCAGAAAGAAAAAUCAAACUGCUUGGUCGAGAAAUCUACGCCGCAGUCUGAAUUAUAUAUGCAAAUUAGGCACGUGAAUGCCUACUAAGAACAUGGUUUGCUUUAAUUAUUGUUGGGUAAUCUUUGCUUAAUUCAGGUGUGAACUCUCUUCUUCUUCCUUUCUCUAGAAUAUGGUGUAAUCCUUUAAAAAUCUAUUUGAUUUGAAGAAAAUAAAAGAAAGGGAAGAGU